UUCCGGUUCCUGAACGUGCCACGUCGGUUUCAGUUUUGACGACUGUAUUGCCUAAGGCAGAGGAUUCCGAUCCUGGUGCAUCGAUGGAAGCUGCGAUCCUCAAAUCGAGCAGCCGGAAACUCGUGAAACCGCGAAAGCACGCGAGCUUUAAUUGUCUGGAGAAAGAAAUGUAUCGCUUCUACGGCGACUUCAGGGACUGUCGAUUGUUCCACUAUUGCUCGCCUGGUUUCACAUCGCGACAGGUGCUGGACUUCCGAUUUGUGUGCGAAGAGGGCACGGCGUUUGACGAAGUAACGCAGAGUUGCCGUCACGAAGUGCAUAACCGGAAGUGCCGAAAUCGCUCCUGGUGAGAGCUUUCACAAGAAGAAAUAAGGGUUGCUCCACCCUUUCAUUUUCUUCGAAUCUCGUGUUUCCUCGAUUCCGUUGAUUUUGGUAAUUCGUGAAUCCUUUAGAACUCUUUAGUGUAUUUAUAUUUUCUUUCUUUCUUUUUUUUUAACACGCAACAUGUAAGAAUUCUGCUAAGUCCAUUGCCAUAGCGCUUCGCGCUGGAUUCACACUUAUUAAAGUUAAUGCGUUCCGAUCGACUCGCAAUCAUCGAUUGGAUCAGUGAGGGAAGCGAGGAAACAUCGUUGGCGUGAUUUCGUAUGAAAAAAGAAAUCGCACUUAUCGUUAGCGUUAAGUAAGAAAGCGAAGAAGUCGGUUCCUACGUUGUGUCCUCGAGACGUGUUAGGAGACGCGCGAGAGACAUUAAGCGAGAAGAUUAUCGCGCGAUUGUAAAGCGAUUCAUAUCGCAAUCACUUGUCGAGCGAAUGAUUUAGAUGCGCGAAACGCGAAUUUCUGAACGUUGCCGAAUAUUGCCGAAGAAACUAUGCCCUACGGUUUAUCCGUACUCUUGGCAUCUUGCUCGUACACAGCGCGAUAACGAAUUAGCAGCCGUCUUUUUGGCCGUAUAAAUAAUUUUAUCGAGAUAAAGUCGAAUAUAUUUUUGAUAAAAUAUUUGCGACCCUGCACUGUAUUCACAAUGCAGUAUAUCUAAAAAUAUUAGGAGAAUCUUCGCAGAAUUUCGUAUAAAAUAUUUGUGAUAAAGCACACAUUUUUC